UGCCCAAGGGUGUGUGGCCCAGACAGAAGCCAAGGGAAGGUCAGUGCUCAAGGGUAAGGGCCAGCCAGAGGCCAUGGGAGGGGGCAGUCCUGUGUCCCCGGGGUACCGUCUGCGACAUAGGCUGAGCAGAAGGUGGAGAAUGGCAGGCACUGGCUCCGCCCCCUCUCCCGCCCCUUCCCUGCCGUGCCUCCACGUGGUUCUCAAAAGCCGCAGCUCAGACUUGGUGGUCCCCAGGCAGCUCCAGUUCGUGGUAGCUCGGCAGCAGGAACUGCAAGCCCCCAAGGGGGUCCGUCUGUGGCUUCUGCCAGAAAAAGAUCGAGGAAGGUGUUUUGCCGGCAAAAUUGGACUCCACCGGCUUCCGACGACAAGACUGAGAGUCUCGGAGUCCUGAACGACAAGUGAGUGUCCCCAGGGGAAGGACAGGCCAGGGUCGCCAUCCAGACCGCUAUGGCCGCGCCCGUCCGCCGUCUGUGUCAUAUCGCCUUCCACGUGCCGGCGGGGCUACCCCUCGCCCGGGAUCUGCAGCGCCUCUUUGGCUUUCAGCCUUUGGCAGUACGGGAAGCAGACGGCUGGAGGCAACUGGCUCUGCGCAGCGGCGACGCUGUCUUUUUGGUGAAUGAGGGCGCGGGGCCCGGAGAGCCGCUGUAUGGCCUGGACCCGCAUCAUGGGAUACCCAGCGCCACAAACCUGUGCUUCGACGUGGCCGACGCGGGCGCUGCCGCCCGGGGGCUGGCAGCGCUGGGCUGCAGCGUGCCGGUGCCCCCUGUCAGCGUGCAAGAUGAGCAGGGCGCUGCCACCUAUGCCGUGGUCAGCUCGCCGGCAGGCAACCUCAGCCUGACUCUGCUGGAGCGCACUGGCUUCGGUGGGCCCUUCCUGCCUGGCUUUAGCCCUGUGCCCUCUGCACCUGGCCCGGGCUGGUUCAGCCAUGUGGAUCACCUGACCUUGGCCUGCAACCCCAGCAGCUCCCCAAAACUGCUGCACUGGUUCCACGACUGUCUAGGCUUUCACCACCUGCCACUGAGCCCAGGUGAGAAUCCAGAGCUGGGGCUGGAGGUGGCAGUAGGGUCUGGGCUUGGCGGGCUGAGGCUCACUGCCCUGCAGGGCCCUGUCGGCAGCGCUGUCCCCACCCUUGUGCUGGCAGAGUCCCUGCCAAGGGCCACCAGUGGACAGGACCAGGUGGAGCAGUUUCUGGCCCGGAACAGAGGACCUGGAUUGCAGCACGUGGGGCUGUACACACCCAGUAUCAAGGAAGCCACUGAAGGGGUGGCAGGGGCUGGGGGUCAGCUUCUGACUCCUCCUAAGGCCUACUACCAGCAGCCAGGCAAGGAGGAGCAGAUCCUGGCUGCAGGGCAGGAGCCUAACCUGCUGGCCCGACAGGGGGUCUUGCUAGAUGGUGACAGAGGCAAGUUUCUGCUUCAGGUCUUCACCAAGUCCCUGUUUGAGGAGGACACUUUCUUCCUGGAGCUGAUCCAGAGACAGGGGGCCACUGGCUUUGGCCAAGGCAACAUUCGGGCCCUGUGGCAGUCUGUGCAGGAGCAAGCUGCCAGGGUCCAAGACGCCUGCAAAGGGCCCAAGCUGGAUGCAGCCGGCUGUCCCAGAGCAUUGGAAAGUUCGGCAUAGGGCCUGCUGGAACUGAGGGACAUUCAUGGAGGCCUGGAGUAACAGCUUUUGUCUUUAGGGGCUUCCAUCUCAUCAGUACCUGCCAGAAGUUGAAACUCUCACAGGGGUCCAGAGAGGUGGGAUUUUUUUUUAACUGUGAAACAUUUCUCAUAUUGUCUGUAUCUAAUAUAUAUGUAAAGUGUAAAGAAUAGCAAAAUUAUAUGAUUAGGAAAUAGAACAUAACCAAUAUUUCUGAAUCCUCCUUAUGCCUUUCUGACCUCAUUUCUCUCCACCACACCUCCAAUAUUAUGAUUAAAAACCUGAUUUUC